UCUGCACGGAUCCGGGGCGCGGGGCCGUUUAGGCGCUGGGCUUAACCGGCCUAGGGCCUCCCGUGGAGGCUCUUAGCGCCGCCGCUGCAGUCCUAGAGUAGGGGGCUCCCCAGCAGGGACCCCCCCGCCCCAUGUGGAUCAGCUCGGGCGGACGAGGAGGAGGAGGAGGCGACCGAGAAGAUGCCCGCCCUGCGCCCUGUCCCGCUCUGCCUAUUGCUGGGUCUCUGGCUGUGCCAAGGCGCUCCCACCCUAGCAAUACAGUGUCGAGAUGCUGUUAAGCCCUGUGUAAAUAAAGGAAAAUGUGUUACCUACCAUAAUGGCACAGGAUACUGCGAGUGUCCAGAGGGCUUCCUAGGAGAGUAUUGCCAGCAGCAGGAUCCCUGUGAGAGGACCCGAUGCCAGAAUGGAGGAACCUGUGUGCCUCUGGCCAUGCAGGGGAAGGCCACGUGCCGCUGUGCGCCAGGCUUCACGGGUGAGGACUGCCAGUACUCCACCUCCCACCUGUGCUUUGUCUCCCGUCCAUGCCUGCAUGGAGGCACUUGUAUCACGCGUAGCCAAGACACCUACGAAUGCAUCUGCCCAUCAGGCCGUACAGGAAAGCACUGCCAGUGGAUUGAUGCCUGCUUAUCUCAGCCAUGUGCCAAUGGAAGCACAUGCACCACCAUGGCCAACCAGUUCUCCUGUAGCUGCCCAGCAGGCUACACAGGACAGAAGUGUGACACUGACCUGAAUGAAUGUGACCUGCCUGGGCGCUGCCAGCAUGGCGGUACAUGCCUCAACCUGCCAGGCUCUUACCAGUGUCAGUGCCCACAGGGUUUCACUGGGCAGCACUGUGACAGUCCCUAUGUGCCGUGCGCUCCCUCGCCAUGUGUGAAUGGAGGGACUUGCCGUCAGACUGGAGACUUUACCUUUGAAUGCAACUGCCUGCCAGGUUUCGAAGGGAACACUUGUGAGCGGAAUAUUGAUGACUGUCCAAACCACAAUUGUCAGAAUGGGGGUGUUUGUGUGGAUGGGGUCAAUACUUACAACUGUCGCUGCCCUCCACAAUGGACAGGUCAGUUUUGUACAGAGGAUGUGGAUGAGUGCCAGCUGCAACCCAAUGCUUGCCAAAAUGGUGGCACCUGCACCAACCACAAUGGGGGCUACGGGUGUGUCUGCGUCAAUGGCUGGAGUGGCGAUGACUGCAGUGAGAACAUCGAUGACUGCGCCUUUGCUGCCUGCACUCCAGGCUCCACCUGCAUUGACAGGGUGGCCUCCUUCUCCUGCACGUGUCCAGAAGGAAAGGCGGGUCUUCUGUGUCACUUGGAUGACGCAUGCAUUAGCAACCCAUGCCAUAAAGGGGCGCUGUGUGACACCAACCCUCUGAAUGGGCAAUACAUCUGCACCUGCCCACAGGGCUACAAGGGGGCUGCCUGCACUGAUGAUGUGGAUGAAUGUGCCAUGGCCAAUAGUAAUCCAUGUGAACAUGCGGGAAAAUGUGUGAACACAGAAGGUGCCUUCCACUGUGAGUGCCUGAAGGGCUACACAGGUCCCCGCUGUGAGAUGGACAUCAAUGAGUGCCAUUCUGAUCCUUGCCAGAAUGAUGCCACCUGCUUGGACAAGAUUGGAGGGUUCACUUGCCUCUGCAUGCCAGGCUUCAAAGGCGUGCAUUGUGAAUUGGAGAUCAACGAGUGUCAGAGCAACCCUUGUGUGAACAAUGGCAAAUGUAUAGAUAAAGUCAACCGUUUCUAUUGUGUCUGUCCUCCUGGUUUCACUGGAUCUGUCUGCCAGAUUGACAUCGAUGACUGCUCCAGUACUCCAUGCCUAAAUGGUGCAAAAUGCAUUGACCAUCCCAAUGGAUAUGAAUGCCAGUGUGCUACAGGUUUCAACGGAGUCCUGUGUGAGGAGAACAUUGACAACUGUGACCCUGAUCCCUGUCACCACGGCCAGUGCCAGGACGGGAUCGAUUCCUACACCUGCAUCUGCAAUGCCGGGUACAUGGGAGCCAUCUGCAGCGAGCAGAUCGAUGAGUGUCUCAGCAGCCCUUGCUUGAACGAAGGACGCUGCAUUGACCUGGUGAACGGCUACCAGUGCAACUGCCAGCCUGGCACCUCAGGAGUGAAUUGUGAAAUUAAUUUUGACGACUGUGCAAGUAAUCCCUGUGUCCAUGGGUUAUGUAUAGAUGGGAUUAAUCGCUACAAUUGUGUCUGUUUACCAGGAUUCACAGGACAAAGAUGCAAUGUUGAUAUUGAUGAGUGUGCCUCAAACCCAUGCCGCAAGGGCGCAACAUGCAUCAAUGAUGUGAAUGGUUUCCGUUGCAUCUGCCCAGAAGGACCUCAUGAUUCCAGUUGUUAUUCACAAGUGAAUGAAUGCCUCAGCAAUCCUUGCAUCCAUGGGAACUGUACAGGGGUUGCCAAUGGGUACAAGUGCCUCUGUGAAGCAGGCUGGGUUGGCACCAAUUGUGAGGUGGACAAAAAUGAAUGUCUUUCCAACCCCUGCCAGAAUGGAGGAACCUGUGACAAUCUGGUGAAUGGAUACAGGUGUUCCUGCAAGCCAGGCUUUAAAGGUUACCAUUGCCAAGUCAACAUUGACGAAUGUGCUUCAAAUCCAUGCCUUAAUCAAGGCACAUGCACCGAUGACAUUAGUGGCUACACUUGCCAUUGUAUCCUUCCAUAUACAGGCAAGAAUUGUCAGACGGUGCUGGCCCCUUGCAACCCCAAUCCUUGUGAAAAUGCUGCCAUUUGCCAGGAAUCUCCAAAUUUCGAGAGUUACACCUGCUUGUGCGCUCCUGGCUGGCAAGGGCCGCGGUGUAAUGUGGACAUUGAUGAGUGUGUCUCCAAGCCGUGCAUGAACCGGGGUCUCUGCCAUAACACGGAAGGCAGCUACCUGUGCAAGUGUCUCCCUGGCUUCACUGGUGUGGACUGUGAAGAAGACAUCGACGACUGCCUGGCUAAUCCCUGCCAGAAUGGUGCUUCCUGUGUAGAUGGAGUAAACACCUUCUCCUGCCUUUGUUUGCCGGGGUUCAACGGUGAUAGGUGUCAGACAGACAUGAAUGAGUGUCUGAGUGAACCCUGCAAGAACGGAGGCACCUGCUCCGACUAUGUCAACAGUUACACCUGCAAAUGCCAGGCUGGAUUUGAUGGAACUCAUUGUGAGAACAACAUUGAUGAAUGCACUGAGAGUUCUUGCUUCAAUGGCGGCACGUGUGUAGAUGGCAUCAACUCCUUCUCUUGUCUGUGCCCGGUGGGUUUCACUGGCCCUUUCUGCCUUCAUGAGAUCAAUGAGUGCAACUCCCACCCAUGCCUGAAUGAGGGCACCUGCAUUGAUGGCCUGGGGACUUAUCGCUGCAACUGCCCAUUGGGCUACACAGGGAAAAACUGUCAGACCCUUGUAAACCUCUGUAGCCGGUCACCAUGUAAAAAUAAAGGCACCUGCACUCAGAGAAAAGCAGAGUCUCAGUGUUUGUGUCCAUCGGGAUGGACAGGUGCUUAUUGUGAUGUGCCCAAUGUCUCCUGUGAGGUGGCAGCUUCCCGCAGAGGAGUGCCUGUUAAUCGCCUCUGUGAACACUCUGGGACUUGCAUCGAUGCUGGCAACACUCACCAUUGCCAAUGCCCCCUGGGCUAUACGGGCAGCUAUUGUGAAGAACAGCUGGAUGAAUGUGCCUCCAAUCCCUGCCAGCAUGGAGCCACUUGCAAAGACUAUGUCGGAGGAUAUAGAUGUGAGUGUAUACCAGGAUACCAAGGUGUCAACUGUGAAUAUGAAGUAGAUGAAUGCCAAUACCAGCCAUGCCAGAAUGGAGGGACUUGCAUUGACCUGGUGAACCAUUUCAAGUGUUCCUGCCCACCAGGCACUCGAGGUCUACGGUGUGAAGAAAACAUUGAUGACUGUGCCCCGGACGCAGGAGGCCCCCACUGCCUCAAUGGUGGGCAGUGUGUGGAUAAGAUUGGGGGCUACACCUGCCGUUGCCUUCCCGGCUUUGCUGGUGAGCGUUGUGAAGGGGACAUCAAUGAAUGCCUCUCCAACCCCUGCAGCUCUGAGGGCAGCCUGGACUGCAUCCAGCUCAUCAAUAACUACUCGUGCGUCUGCCGGAGCACCUUCACUGGUCGACACUGCGAGACCUUCCUGGAUGUCUGUCCCCAGAUGCCGUGUCUGAACGGAGGCGUUUGCGCCGUUGCCAGCAACAUGCCCAACGGCUUCAUCUGCCAUUGCCCUCCGGGCUUCUCGGGGGCCAGGUGUCAGAGCACCUGUGGACACAUGAAGUGUAAGAAGGGAGAGCAGUGCGUCCACACCACCCUGGGGCCCCGCUGCUUCUGCCCCCGGCCCGAGGACUGCGAGACGGGGUGCGCCAGCAGGCCGUGCCAGCACGGGGGCAGCUGCUCCCCUCAGAAGGAGCCCCCCUACUACGCCUGCCGCUGCCCCCCGUCCUUCUGGGGCAGCCAGUGCGAGUUCUCCUCCUCUGGGCCCACCCCCGGCCCCCCACCCACCUGCCUGAGCCGGCACUGCGCUGACAAGGCCCGCGACGGGGUCUGCGACGAGGACUGCAACAGCCACGCUUGCCAGUGGGAUGGGGGCGACUGCUCGCUCACCAUGGAGGACCCCUGGGCCAACUGCUCCUCCCCGCUGCCCUGCUGGGAUCGCAUCAACCACCAGUGCGACGAGCUGUGCAACACAGCCGAGUGCCUGUUCGACAACUUCGAGUGCCAGGGGAACAGUAAGACGUGCAAAUAUGACAAAUACUGUGCUGACCACUUCAACGACAACCACUGUGACCAGGGUUGUAACAGCGAGGAGUGUGCCUGGGAUGGGCUGGACUGUGCCACUGACCAGCCUGAGAACCUCGCCGAGGGCACCCUGGUCAUUGUGGUGCUGAUGCCUCCGGAGCAGCUGCUCCAGGAUGCCCGCAGCUUCCUGAGGUCGCUGGGCACUCUGCUUCACACCAACCUGCGCAUCAAACGAGAUGCUCAGGGGGCCUUCAUGGUGUUCCCCUACUAUGGCGAGAAGAUGAUGACAACAGGCAAAAAGUCGACACUGAGCCGGAGAUCCCUCCCUGAGGAGCAUGAGCAGGAAGUGGCAGGCUCCAAGGUAUUCCUAGAAAUCGACAACCGCCAGUGUGUCCAGGCUUCAGAACAAUGCUUCAAAAACACCGAUGCUGCUGCGGCUCUCCUGGCCUCUCAGGCCAUCCAAGGCACCCUGUCCUAUCCGCUUGUGUCUGUCUUGAGUGAGACUCCAGAUCCGAAGCCCACUCAGCUUCUCUACCUGCUGGCUGUGGCCAUCGUCAUCAUCCUCCUUAUAAUGCUCCUGGGAGUGAUCAUGGCAAAACGCAAGCGGAAGCACGGCUCUCUCUGGCUACCAGAAGGAUUCAUCCUACGGCGGGAUUCCAACAACCAUAAGCGCCGGGAGCCCGUUGGACAAGACGCUGUGGGGCUGAAAAGCCUGUCGGUCCAAGUUUCAGAAGGGAACUUAAUUGACUCCAGCACCAGUGAACACUGGGCAGAUGAUGGCGCACCCCAGCCAAAGAGAACCAAGGCUGAAGAUCAGGCUUUACUUUCAGAAGAAGAUGACCCAAUAGACAGACGGCAGUGGACACAGCAGCACCUUGAAGCUGCAGAUAUUCGGAGGACCCCAUCCUUAGCCCUCACCCCUCCCCAAGCUGAGCAAGAAGUGGAUGUGCUGGAUGUGAAUGUCCGAGGACCAGAUGGCUGUACACCACUGAUGCUGGCGUCCCUCCGUGGAGGCAGCUCUGACUUGAGCGAGGAUGACGAAGAAGCGGACGACUCUUCAGCCAACAUCAUUACAGACCUGGUUUAUCAGGGUGCCAGUCUCCAGGCUCAGACGGACAGGACAGGGGAGAUGGCUCUGCACUUGGCAGCUCGGUACUCCAGGGCGGAUGCUGCCAAACGCCUGCUGGAUGCGGGAGCCGAUGCCAAUGCCCAGGACAACAUGGGCCGUUGUCCCCUUCAUGCUGCUGUGGCAGCUGAUGCCCAAGGUGUCUUCCAGAUUUUGAUCCGUAACCGAGCGACAGACCUGGAUGCUCGAAUGCACGAUGGGACAACCCCCCUGAUCCUGGCCGCACGACUGGCCGUCGAAGGCAUGGUGGCUGAGCUGAUCAAUUGCCAAGCAGAUGUCAAUGCAGUGGAUGACCACGGGAAAUCUGCUCUGCACUGGGCGGCUGCUGUCAACAAUGUGGAGGCUACCUUGGUAUUGCUGAAAAACGGGGCCAACAGGGACAUGCAGGACAACAAGGAGGAGACGCCUCUGUUCCUGGCCGCUCGAGAGGGGAGCUACGAAGCCGCCAAGAUCCUGCUGGACCAUUUUGCCAACCGGGACAUCACAGACCACAUGGACCGCCUGCCCAGAGACGUGGCCCGGGACCGCAUGCACCACGACAUCGUGCGCCUCCUCAACGAGUACAACGUGGCGCACAGCCCCCCCGGCACCCUGCUGACGUCCGCCCUCUCGCCCGUCGUCUGCGGGCCCAACAGGUCCUUCCUCAACCUGAAGCACACCCCGGCGGGCAAGAAGCCGCGGCGCCCCGCCGCCAAGGGCGCCGUGCCUAGCAGCCUGCCCAACCUGGCCAAGGAGGCCAAGGAGGCCAAGGGCGGCCGCCGGAAGAAGUCCCUGAGUGACAAGGGCCAGCUGUCCGAGAGCUCCGUGACGCUGUCGCCCGUUGACUCCCUGGAGUCCCCUCACACGUACGUGUCCGACGCCACGUCUUCUCCCAUGAUCACGUCUCCGGGGCUGCUGCAGGCAUCCCCCGGCCCGAUGCUGGCCGGCGCCGCGCCGCCGGCCCCGGUCCACGCCCAGCACGCCGUCUCCUUCUCCAGCCUGCACGAGCUGCAGCCUCUGGGCCAUGGCACGGCCACCGUCCUCCCCUCGGUCAGCCAGCUGCUGCCCCAUCACCACCUGGCCGCGGCGGGCGGCGGAGGGGCCUCGGCUAGGCUGCACCCGGUUGCCGUCCCAGCGGACUGGAUGAGUCGGAUGGAGAUGAACGAGAGCCAGUACAACGAGAUGUUCGGGAUGGUUCUGGCCCCGGCGGAGAGCGCCCACUCGGUCCUGGCGCCCCAGACCCGGCCGGGGCCGUCCGACGGGAAGCACGUAGCCCCCUCCCGAGAGCCCCUGCCCCCCAUCAUGACUUUCCAGCUGAUUCCCAAAGGCGGCAUCGCCCAGCCGGCCGGGGCCGCCCAGCCACAAGCCGGCUGCCCUCCGGCCGUGGCCGGCCCGCUGCCCGCCAUGUACCAGAUCCCUGAUAUGGCCCGCUUGCCCGGGGUGGCGUUUCCCUCGGGGAUGAUGCCCCAGCAGGACGGGCAGGCGGCUCAGACUGUCCUCCCGUCCUACCACCCUUUCCCAAGCUCGGUGGGCAAGUACCCCACGCCCCCGUCCCAGCACAGCUAUGCCUCCUCGACCGCCGCCGAGCGGACGCCCAGCCACAGCGGCCACCUCCAGGGCGAACACCCUUAUCUCACCCCAUCCCCGGAAUCUCCUGACCAGUGGUCCAGCUCCUCCCCUCACUCUGCCUCUGACUGGUCAGACGUGACCACCAGCCCUACCCCCGGGGGCUCAGGUGGAGGCCAGCGAGGGCCGGGGGCGCACAUGGCCGAGCCACCCCCGCGCACCAACAUGCAAGUGUAUGCGUGA